AUUAAAAUAUAUUUGUACACUCCUACUACGUAUACUUGCUAUAUAUAUGUGACAAAGAAAUGCCUAUUUGUGUCAUCCAAAAGCAAUUUUCUCUCUAAGUCUAUUAUUAGUAGUUAAUUAAAUUAUUUUUUAUAGUGAAAAUGGCUGGCGGCGUAGCUAUUGGAAGUUUUAGUGAUUCAUUCAGCGUUGUGUCUCUUAAGGCCUAUCUUGCUGAAUUCAUCUCCACACUCAUCUUUGUCUUCGCCGGAGUUGGUUCCGCCAUUGCUUACAGCAAGUUGACAGCAAAUGCUGCACUUGAUCCGGCUGGGCUCGUAGCUAUUGCAGUUUGCCAUGGAUUUGCUCUAUUUGUGGCCGUUUCAGUUUCAGCUAACAUCUCUGGUGGUCAUGUUAACCCUGCUGUCACCUGCGGAUUAACCUUCGGCGGCCAUAUUACCUUUAUCACUGGCUCCUUCUACAUGCUUGCUCAACUUACCGGCGCCGCUGUAGCUUGCUUCCUCCUCAAAUUCGUCACCGGAGGAUGUGCUAUUCCAACCCAUGGAGUGGGAGCUGGUGUGGGGAUAAUUGAAGGACUUGUGAUGGAAAUAAUUAUCACAUUUGGUUUAGUGUACACUGUAUUCGCAACAGCCGCUGACCCGAAGAAGGGUUCAUUGGGCACAAUUGCACCAAUUGCUAUUGGUUUCAUUGUUGGAGCUAAUAUUUUGGCUGCUGGUCCAUUUUCCGGCGGAUCAAUGAACCCAGCUCGUUCAUUUGGACCUGCAAUGGCUACUGGUAACUUUGAGGGUUUCUGGAUCUACUGGAUUGGUCCAUUAGUUGGUGGUAGUUUGGCUGGUCUUAUUUACACCAAUGUGUUCAUGCAACAAGAGCAUGCUCCUCUAUCCAAUGAGUUCUAAAUUGAAUUUGUUUGAGUUUGAUUUGUGGGUCUAAAAAAAGCCCAUUUGAAUUUCGUUUUU